AUGUUAAGAAAGGCAGCCAGUGUAAAACGAGCCAGCAGCGUGGCGAUGCCGGCAUCGUCUGACUCCGAAAGUGACUCUGACACUUUUGAAGCCGCCAUGAGAAGAAAGUCUCAGAAAAUCGCCAACCUGGUGCUGAAUGACGACGAGCUACAGUAUGAUAUCGAUACACCCAUUAGUCAGGAGCAGAAGGAGGAAAAACAAGAGCAGGGCUCCAAGUUUCUCAAGAACAUCCUAGCUCUGAAAGACAUUCGUGAUAAGGAGCGAGAAAAGACAAAGAUUGAGUGGCAGCGAAAGAAUGCCAAGGGUAUGGUGUUUGAGUCUGAGGAAUAUAAGCAAGUCGCAGGUGACUCCCAACAUACCCCCAAACAGGAAGAGAAGAACUACGGAACAAUCUACGACCUAAUAAAGAGCAAGGUCACGGAGCAGGACUUGGCGGAGGCCAGACUGCGCUACUUGGAAAGAAACUCGUGA